GGUUUUUGUAGGGUCAUCCAUGUGCCAGUCAGCCAUGCAGUACCAAUCACAUGUGCAUUCCCGUCAACACAGCUAAAGACCAUGUAUGUGUACGUGUUGGUGCGUUCAUGCCCACUACUGAAGCAGGGAUGACAAAUUUUGCAAUAACAACAGCGACUGUGGCAACAACAUCUGCUCAAGCAGCCUCUGCAACGACAUCUUCCGCAUACCCCACUUCACUUGAAGCGACUACUACUGUCACUGGUACUACUUCUACUACUACUACUACUACUACUACUACUACUACUGCUGCUACUACUACUACUACUACUACUGCUGCUGCUGCUGCUGCUGCUACUACUACUACUACUACUACACUGAAAGAUACAGCCGAACCGGAACUGACAAGCCCUAUAACAACAACUCCUAUUUCAACUUCAACAACUUCAGUGGGGACUUCAACAUCUCCUGAACCGACUACAUCAACUUCUCCAGCACCAUCAACUACGACAACGGCGAUCACGACACUUGAGCCCUAUAACUGCACAUGUGUAACGGACAUUGACUGUGCUGAGCCUCCUGGAAGGAUUUGCUCCGGUGGUGUCUGCAUAUGUUCUAUUGGGUACGACAUGGACGAGACCAGAAUUGUCUGCAGAAAGCUGACAGAAUGCACAUCAUAUGGAUCUGACUUCACCCUCCACGUGCACAGGGCGAUCACUGGGCACAACUUUGAGAACUUUCGUUCAAAGACAUCUGUGGAAUGCGCCUGGUUGUGCUUGCAUGCAGGCACCAAGUGCAAAUCUUUUGAAAUAAUGAAUCAUGUCUGCUACUUGCAGCCAACCACGUGGUUUGAAGUCGACGUCGAUGAUCAAAGGGUCGAUAGAAAUGUAGAUCAUUACCAACGUAGAUGUAAAUGGUGACACAUACAUUCCUACCAGAGUUGGAAUAAAAGGUCUAUAAUAUAAACGCUUUUCUAAUUCUUUUCUAAUUCGAAAGACUAUCCAAAAAUACUAUCUAAUAUGGAUUACGUUAGAUUCCUUUGAGCCAAUAAUGUGUAUAUAUUCUGGCAUAAUCUUCAUGCCAUAUGAAUAAAUUGGUCCCUACUAUUAGCAAAGAUUGCUUGAGACACAUGCAAAGGCAAAGUGAUUGUUGACCUGAAAACAACCAAACUUAUAUCUGGAAUUGUAUGAAGCAUAACGUUUGUUUUUGCCUCAAAUGUCCUCGACAUGUCAACUAUAAACCUCUUGGUCAAUGGAACGGACUGUUUUUAGCCUCAUCAAACAACUUCAUAUGACGCACCUUGCGAUGUUAGUAGACAGAGUCGGCUCGAUCACUUCAAAAUGUGUGAAAUUUAUACCUAAGGUUGACUGUUUUAACGUAGUAAAGUGAAGGUAUUCCUGUUGUCAUAGAGUCUUGAUAUUUCUUUCACUCAGAAUAGGCAAAAAACAGAUGAAAUGGUUGUACAUGUGUCUUGUUUGCUCCCCGAUGCACCAAGCGAACCAUUAAUAUUUUUGAAAGGAAAAUACGUAUACAUAUUCGUCUGAAGGUUCUAAAUGGGAUUGUGCACAUAAACGUGAAAGUAAUAUGUUGAACACAAUAUCAGAAAUUGAAUUCUCUGAAACAGAAAGCUAAGUGCAGAUACCAAUUUACAGACUGUUUCAAAAACCAUUUCGAAGAUUGGUCUCCCUAUCACUCGAUCCCUCUAACGACAAGUACGGGUUACUGACGAUAAAUUAUUCCCGGAUCU